GUCAACCUCAGAGCACCCGCACCCGCACCCAGAGCUUCAAGACCUCUCCAUCAGUGUCCAAUUGUCCGUCCACGACACCACCCCACAGCGUCGUUUCUUUCAUUUCUGUUCACACGACGAGAGGCCCACGAUGCUGAGGCAAUCUCUGGCACGUUCGGCCCUGCGGACUGCUCGGCAGUCCUGUAAUGCCUCGAGAACUUUUGCGACCUCGAGCAGAAGGCAAGCGGAGGUGCAGUUAACCAUUGGUGAGGCGCAUCGAGUUCUGGCCGCUAGCAGAGUUCAAUUCUAACGAAUACUAUAGAUGGGAAACAAGUAUCAAUUGAGGGUAUGUUGGUGGAACAGAGAAAGGGAUCGUGGACAAUAUACUGACCUUCGCCACAGCCGGUUCUGCAUUGAUCCAAGCAUGCGAGAAGGCAGGUGUAACAAUACCAAGGUAAGCCAAUAUCAUCGUCUAUCCGAGUAUUGUAUUCAAGUAUAAUAUCGUGGUUCUCAGCUAACAACUUUCUAGAUAUUGCUAUCAUGAGUGAGUACUCCCGCGAUCCGCCACAUCUACACCCGACUGAUUAGAAUACAGAAAGCUUAUGAUUGCGGGAAAUUGUCGUAUGUGUCUAGUAGAGGUUGAGAGAGCGCCAAAACCAGUAGCAUCAUGUGCAUGGCCUGUACAGCCCGGAAUGGUCGUUAAGACGAAUUCGCCCCUCACACACAAGGCCCGAGAAGGAGUCAUGGAAUUUCUGCUGGCCAACCAUCCUCUCGACUGCCCGAUUUGCGACCAAGGAGGAGAGUGUGACUUGCAGGAUCAAUCGAUGAGAUACGGUGCCGAUAGAGGGCGAUUUCACGAGAUUGGAGGAAAGAGAGCAACCGAGGACAAGAACAUUGGUCCAUUAAUCAAGACCUCGAUGAACAGAUGUAUCCACUGCACCAGAUGUAUUCGAUUUGCCAACGAUGUUGCUGGCGCACCGGAGCUUGGUUCAACGGGACGAGGAAAUGACAUGCAAAUUGGAACUUAUCUCGAGAAGAACCUGGUCUCGGAAAUGUCGGGUAACGUCAUCGAUUUGUGCCCUGUGGGAGCUCUCACAUCAAAGCCAUACGCAUUCCGAGCCAGACCGUGGGAGCUAAAGCACUCGGAGUCUAUUGAUGUUCUUGACGGUCUUGGAUCAAACAUCCGGGUGGACUCCAGAGGUUUAGAGGUUAUGCGUAUUCUCCCAAGACUCAACGACGACGUUAAUGAGGAAUGGAUCAAUGACAAAUCUCGAUUUGCUUGCGAUGGUUUAAAGACACAACGACUUACCACUCCUCUCAUCCGAAAAGGGGAUCAAUUCCUCCCUGCAACUUGGGAACAGGCAUUGACCGAAAUUGCUGCAGCAUAUAAGGAUUUUGCACCAAAAGGCAACGAGUUUAAGGCUAUUGCUGGUGAGCUUAUCGAGACGGAAUCAAUGGUGGCGUUGAAGGAUCUGGCAAACAAACUUGGCUCGGAGAACUUGGCUCUCGAUCAACCAUCUGGUAGUCAGCCAAUCGCCCACGGAAUUGACGUUCGAUCCAAUUAUCUAUUCAACUCGACCAUUUGGGGUGUGGAGCAAGCUGAUGCAGUUCUCAUUGUUGGCAGCAACACUCGUCACGAAGCUGCGGGACUUAACGCACGUAUCAGAAAGCAAUGGAUGAGAUCAGAUCUUGAGAUUGGUGUCGUUGGUGAGAUUUGGGAGUCAACUUUCGAGUUUGAGCAUCUUGGUACGGAUGCUGCUGCUCUUAAGAAAGCUCUUGCUGGACCUUUCGGCAAAAAGCUUGCAGCAGCAAAGAAACCAAUGAUUAUCGUUGGAUCUGGUGUCACUGAUCAUGCAGACGCCAAGGCUAUCUACGAAAUGGUUGGUACCUUUGUUGACAAGCACGCCGCCAACUUUCUGACCGAGGAGUGGAAUGGUUACAAUGUCCUCCAACGUGCUGCAUCAAGAGCCGGCGCUUAUGAGGUUGGUUUCACCACCCCAUCGGCUGCCGUUGCAGAAACGAAACCUAAGUUCGUCUGGCUUCUCGGUGCCGAUGAGUUUGCGGCAGGUGAUAUUCCUAAGGAUGCUUUCGUUGUUUACCAAGGACAUCACGGUGACAGAGGUGCUCAGAUCGCCGAUGUUGUUCUUCCAGGGGCAGCAUACACGGAGAAGGCCGGAACAUAUAUCAACACAGAGGGUCGAGUCCAGAUGACCCGUGCAGCAGUUUCAUUACCAGGUGCUGCCCGAACAGAUUGGAAGAUUAUCAGAGCUAUUUCGGAAUUCCUUGGUGCGCCAUUGCCAUAUGAUGAUGUUGCGGAGCUUCGGGAUCGUAUGGUUGAGAUCAGCCCAGCAUUAGCCAACUACGAUGUCGUUGAACCAGUUGCCUUGAAGCAAUUGAGCAAGGUUCAAUUGGUGGACCAGAACAAGGGAAACAAGCCCAGUGGGGAGCCACUCAAAAAGGUUAUUGAGAACUUCUAUUUCACCGAUGUUAUUUCAAGAAGGUAAGUUUUGCCAGAUUCCAAGAUUCCAGGACACGAGUCGCUAAUCAUCUUCACAGUUCACCAACCAUGGCCAGAUGCUCAGCUGCCAAAGAGCAAAACAAUCCCGAAACCAAUUUCAUGGCGUCGGGAUACUCAUCAGACCAUCCACAGGGACAGAUUGCGUACGGGUCAUAGACAGCAGCUUGUAUUUUGAGAUUUUGUUUGUGCAUGGGGGCGCGUAUUGGCUGAAUGUAUAUAUGGGUUGUGGUAGCAAAAGAAUCAAGCAAGUAGAAAAUACUGGAAUUAUAUAUGGUGAGGUGAUGCGAUACUGGUUGAUCACUUCUACUUUCACAGAGGGUAUCUCUUGGAAAUUUGAUUUGUAUGAUAUUUUCUGAAGAAUGUUAC